AUGAAACCAAAUGUAAACACCAUGCCACGACAAACAUGUCAAAAUGCAUUAUACUGUCAGGUAUCAAUACAACAAUGCGCCCUGCGCUAUGGGCCCGGCUACAACCUUCGUCAUCGCUGCGCGUUGCCCAAGUUCGAGAUGAGAACAGCUCACGAUAUGCCCCUUAUCAGCGGUCACUCCCAUCCUAAUCCUCUGGCCUCGCACACCUCUCCUCUCACAACCAUGGACUCUCCAGAAAGUCCGUCCCCCGCGCCACCAGAUUCACAAGCCCAGCUCAGUGCGACCUCUGCGCGCCCCAGUACUGCCUCGAGCUCCCGCCGCAACCAUGCCGAUUCCAAUGGUCCCACCCAAGACACCCUUCGACCGAGCUUUAAUGGCUCUCAAAACAAACGCCCAUCCCUUUCCCGCGCGAAGAGCGACAUAGGCCCCCGCCAUCCACCCAAACCACCCUCGGAAGACUUGGAAGAGGAGGACAACGUUACCGAGAACAACUUCAAAAUACGCCAUGGUUGGGACGACCAGCUCAAUUCGGAGGAAUACAACCACCUCUUGACGUCUUCUUUCUUCAUGUACUACACGGACAAGAAACACGAAACAGGCGGUAUUCCCAAGGGCGAGGACAGCGCUUACCCGCUGCAAGAAUGGCGCAUGCGGGAUCGCCUUAAGACGGUCUCCGCUGUCCUAGCUCUGUGCCUCAAUAUCGGUGUCGACCCUCCCGAUGUCAUCAAGACGAACCCUUGCGCCAAAGAGGAGUGCUGGAUCGACCCCACCGUCACAUCACAAACCCCCGGUCACACGCCCAUGAAUCAGAUCGGAAAGGCCCUACAGACCCAAUACGAGCAGCUCAGUAUGCGUACUCGCUACAAGAUGCUGCUGGAUCCAACCACCGAGGAGACGCGAAAGUAUGCCACUACCCUCCGUCGCAAUGCCCGAAACGAGCGCGUGCUAUUCCACUACAACGGGCAUGGUGUGCCCAAACCCACAUCAUCGGGUGAGAUAUGGGUGUUCAAUAGGAACUACACUCAGUAUAUACCACUCUCGGUCUACGAUCUUCAAAGCUGGAUCGGCGCCCCCAGUCUAUUCGUAUAUGAUUGCUCGGACGCGGGUCUUAUCAUCAGCAACUUCCUCAAGUUCGGUGAGAAACACCAGCUGGAAAUGGAGGAGGCUCGUCGAAGAGACCCCAACCUGGAGGUGAUCGAUUUCAACGACUGCAUUCAUCUCGCAGCUUGCAGAGAGAAGGAAUCAUUGCCGACCAACCCGGAUCUACCCGCAGACGUCUUCACUUCUUGCUUGACUGAUCCCAUCACUAUGGCUGUGAGAUUUUUUAUCCUCCAGAAUCCCCUCCCUACCAGCAUCCGGCCAUUUGAUGCCCACAACAUCCCUGGCAAGGUAUCUGAGCGUAGAACACCCAUUGGUGAACUUAAUUGGAUCUUCACAGCCAUCACUGAUACCAUCGCCUGGAAUUCACUUGACAAGCCUCUCUUCAAAAAGUUAUUUCGCCAGGAUCUCAUGGUUGCCGCUUUGUUUCGGAACUAUCUAUUGGCACAGCGUAUCAUGAGAGUGUAUCACUGCCAUCCCAAGUCACAUCCAGAAAUCCCGGAGACUCAUGACCACCCGCUUUGGAAAAGUUGGGAUUUGGCCGUGGAGCUAAUUCUUGCGCAACUCCCCGACCUCCAAGCCGAGGCGAGAGGUGAAAAGGAAUACACAUACCGUCAUUCCGACUUUUUUUCUGAACAACUAACCGCCUUUGAGGUUUACCUCUCCCGUGGUGCAGUUGAGCAACAGGUUCCCGAACAACUCCCUAUUGUACUUCAAGUACUGCUCAGCCAGGUUCACCGACUUCGCGCCCUCAUCCUGCUCUCCAAUUUCCUUGACAACGGCCCGUGGGCUGUCAAUUUGGCACUUAGUAUAGGGAUUUUCCCGUAUGUUCUAAAAUUGCUUCAAUCGCAAGCGAACGAACUGAAACCUGUCAUGGUUUUCAUUUGGGCCCGAAUCCUAGCCGUUGACCAGUCUUGCCAGGCUGAUCUCUUGAAGGACAAUGGAUACCAAUACUUCAUUAAUAUUUUCAAUCCCUCUACGGGCAUUCCGAUUCAAAACGCGAGCGAACACCGCGCCAUGUGCGCAUUCAUCAUUGCCAUGUUCUGCAAGGACUAUAACCAAGGCCAACGUGCUUCUUUAGAUCCUGUUCUCGUAGAGAGCUGUCUCGAUCACCUUCGUGACAUGCAGAAUCCGUUGCUUCGACAAUGGUCCUGCCUAUGUUUAAGCAAGCUAUGGGUCAAUUUUGAAGAGGCGAAAUGGGUCGGGAUUCGGUGCAUGGCUCAUGAACGACUGUGUGAGCUGGUCAUCGAUCCCGUCGCUGAUGUCAGAGCUGCCAUGUUGAACGCGCUCACUGCCUUUUUGGGCAUCAGGGAUGUAACUGCACAAGUGGCUGCUAUCGAAGAGUCCAUCGCUUCUAUGAUUCUAGUCAUGACAGCGGAUGGUAACAGCAUGGUUCGAAGAGAGCUGCUCAUAUUCUUUUCUGCUUUUAUCGCUCGUUACAAGACUAAGUUCCUUGUUGCGGCAUUCGAGCAACUCUGCGAGGAAAGAAGUAGUGACCAGUACGCCAAAAGAGACGAUAAAAAUAGCGACGAUUUGUUCAUGAAGGCGCGCUCUGGAUCGACUUCUGUGUCACAGAUCUCAAACUCUUGUUCCCAAAAUAGCAUAUAUGCUGCUGUUUGGAGGGAAAUCUUAGUUCUCUCCGCUGACCCGCACCCUGAGAUCGCACGAGAUGCAGGAGCUGUCGUCGACUAUGUGCUCAUCGCACUUUUACAAUCACCGCUGGCCAAAUAUGCACAGCCGUUAUUUGACGAUAUCAUGAGAAAUGAUCCUACCAAGCGUACACAACGUCGCACCGUGGACGAAAAGCCUGCGCCGCAGGUAUCUCAACCCCCUACUCCUUCACGAGAAGCCAGCUAUCUUUCAUUGUUUGGAGGGCUGCGAAGGACUGGAAGUGUGGUGGGCUCUCUUAGAACGAUAUGGAGCAGCGGAAAUGAUUCCACGACUUCACCACAGAAGAGCCCAAACCGUACCAAGACAGACGAGAGCCUUAUGUCUCCUACGGAGGCAAGUUCGUCCGUUUCCGAUCGAUCCUACGCAGAAGAGCAACCACCCAAGACGAGAGGUUUCGUGCCUCGAAACCUUACGGAAGAACCUGAGCUUCCCCUCAAAAGCAGGUUUUUCGAAUGGUCCGUGGAAUAUUUCCGCGAGCCACAAAUGAAGCCUGCCGAAGCCGAUGAGCCGGGAAGCAUGGAUUAUAAUGGCAGACUGUGGAGAAGAAACCGCAACGAUAAAAUCAUUGCCGAGACCCAGCCGCUCAAGGAAGUCGCCGUGACGCAUCACUGGACACAUCAACAUGCUCUCUUUGACAACCUCAGCCAGCCCAUGAAAAUUGCGUUUCACCAGUUCGAGGAUCAUGUCGUGGUCACGGAUAACAAGGACAUGGUCAGUGUCGUGGAAUACACCGGGGGUCCGACGAAGAGGAUAAAUAGCUUUUCGAACGGCAACCCUGCCGACUCCAGAAUCACGCAAGCGCGAUUUGUCAACGAAGAUGAUCAGGCAUUACUCAUGACAGGCUCCUCAGAUGGUGUUCUGAAGAUUUUCCGCAACUACGACACCAGAGGCAAAACAGAACUCGUUACGGCUUUCCGGGCGCUGACCGAUCUUGUACCGAGUAAUAAGAAUGCAGGUCUUGUGUUUGAUUGGCAGCAAGGCCGGGGUUUGACAUUGGUAGCCGGUGAUGUCAAAGUCAUUCGUGUGUGGAAUGCGGCAACGGAGAUCUGCACAAGCGACAUUCCUGCUCGUUCCGGGUCUUGCAUCACCUCCCUGACAUCGGAUCAGGUCGAAGGAGAUGUCUUUACAGCGGGAUUCGGCGACGGCGCGGUACGCGUCUACGACCAACGCCAAAAGCCCGCCACAGCCAUGGUCAAAGUCUGGAAAGAACACAAACAAUGGAUCACAAACGUGCACCUACAGCGUGGCGGCCAGCGUGAGCUUAUUUCAGGAUGUCGCGACGGCGAAGUCAAGUUGUGGGACAUCCGCAUGGACCGCUCCGUCAAAACCAUCAAAGCCACCACAGACAACCUCAAGACGCUCAGCGUUCACGAACACGCGCCCAUCCUGGCCGUCGGUACCCAACGCCACCAGGUCAAGCUGUUCAACAUCAACACGGGUAAACUUGUCUCGCAGUGGGAACCUUAUUCGGGCUUCUUGCGCGACCGCUCACAGCCCGUCACCGCUAUGGCGUUCCACCCGCACCGCCUGCUCCUUGCAGCUAGCGCCCUCCACACAAAUUUCGUGAGCGUCAACGCUUGUAACGACGUCAGGCAAUCGACCGCAUCAUCUCUGAGGACAGUCAAGCUUUGGGACGGCGGUAAUGCUUGA